AUGGCAUUAGGUAAAUUAAGAGAUUAUUUAAAUAAUGCAUUUCGUGUUAUGGCAUUUAGACAACGUAAAGGUGAACGUGUUAGAUCACCAUUUUGGAAUGAAAAAGGUGAACCUAUACAUGAUUUAGAAGCACCAGUUGAAUUCUCUAACAUAACUGAUAUUAUCGCUAUCCCACAUACAACAACAACAUCACAAGCAAUAACCACGACCACUGUAACUACAACAACUACAAAAUCGAUAAAUGAUUCUGAGUUAAAUCGAAAUUCAAGAUAA